AUGGCGCUUUUACAAACCAAAAGUAACAGUCAAAGUAAUAAUUGCAGUGGCGAGGUGGUUGCACGUCGUGCUGUCGUCCUCGCCUCGGCUUAUGUCGUCGAUCGUACUUCGAUAUUGACUGGAUUCCACUACUCCACUACCGGGGCGGACGGGGCACAGUGCCCCCCCCUCGCGGCCUUCACCUCAGCCAACGAACUCGCCUACGUCUCCGCGGGCAAAUCCCGGAGACACGGCGACGAUGGCACCGCGGUGAGGGGGGGGCGUGCCGGCGGGGCAGCGCAUUCCAUUCGGGAAGAGUGUGAGAGACUCUUCUGCGAGACCAUGACUACUGUAUUCCUUGGUGAGAGGGACUCGAUAGCGCAUGGCUCCUACGAAUGGACUGCGAACGCGCAUUCACCCCCACAAGAGGGGAUGGAUGGGCAGAGCUAUUUCAAGAACGCGGUCCAGCGCCACAAUGGCGUUGGGUCGUGGCUGGAGCUCUGGGACUAUGCCGGCGGGUGUAGUUUCAAGGGCUUCGUGGCCGGGGCAGACGACGAAAGGUGUCUGUUCACGUUUUUUGAUCACUCAGUUAUCAAUCGCGAUUUGAAGCAAGCAUUGAUGGCAAUAAUCGAUCUGGCAAGCAGUCCCUUGGGAUGUUCUCAGGUUGUGGUUUGCCUCGACAGGUCGAUUUCGGCCGAGGAUAGCAAGUCACUACUGAAGAGCCUCCGAUGGGUCGGCUUCGAGCUGGUCACACUCGACUUAUGGGCAGAAUCACGCAGCAGCCCGAGCAACGAGUGGCUUUUCCUUGGAAUGGAGUUGUAG